CUCGAUUGCCACGAGCCCAUGAUUAACCGACCUGAUCACCAAACAUAUAUAACACUCCAAAUUAUAGACAACCUAACAGCAGCAGCGCUGAACUCCCCGAACUCCGAAAUGUUCACUCGUUUAUAACCAGUCGCCUCCAACUCAAAGGCCUCAGCAUCCAAGAUCCCAUCACCACCACAUACCAGGAACCCAGAGAUCCAAGCGCUGAGCCACGGCUUGUCAAUGGCAGCGGCGGCAGGAGGAGACGAGGUGAAGCUGCUAGGCGUGUGGGACAGCCCGUUCGUGAACAGGGUGCAGAUCGUGCUCAACCUGAAGGGCAUCAGCUACGAGUACGUCGAGGAAGACCUCCACAGCAAGGGCGAGCUCCUCCUCGCCUCCAACCCCGUGCACAAGAAGGUGCCCGUCCUCAUCCACAACGGCAAGCCCAUCCCGGAGUCGCAGGUCAUCGUGCAGUACAUCGACGAGGCCUGGCGGGGCACCGGCCCGAGCGUCCUCCCCGCCGACCCGCACCAGCGCGCCACCGCCCGGUUCUGGGCCGCCUACGUCGACGACAAGGUUGGGUCGCCGUGGUUCACCAUCCUGUUCGCCCGCAAGACCGAGGAGAAGAUGGAGGCGGCAGUGCGGGCCAUCUCGGCGAUGGAGACGCUGGAAGGCGCGUUCGGGGAAAGCUCCGGGGGGAAGCCGUUCUUCGGCGGCGACGGCAUCGGGUUCGUCGACGUUGUGCUCGGCAGCUACCUGGGCUGGUUCGUGGUGAUCGAGAAGAUGAUCGGCGUCAAGCUCCUGGACGCGGGGAGGACGCCGGCCCUGGCCGCGUGGGCUCAGCGGUUCAGGAUGGCGGAUGCGGUGAAGGGUGUCUUGCCUGAAGAUGUCGAUAAGGUGCUCGAGUUUUUGCAGACGUUCCUUGAUUAGGUGCGUGGAACGCUGUCAGCGGUUUGGACUUUCGAUUAUUAUCUUUCGAAAUUUUUUGGACUUUCGAUUUGUUUCUUUUCAAAUGUGGGGCUGUAAUGGGCCAUCGCUUAUUCCAGGCCAACAAAAAGGAUUUAAUAAAAGAUGGCCCCAAAUUAAUUUUUUAACAA